UAUUGGCGCUUGUCGUGCUAGCUAUGGCCAUCUGAGCUUCGCUAGCGACUUUAUGUUUUUCAUACGACCUACCCGUGUCUCAUCAGAAAACAUUACCGUGGUAAUGUAAUGAAAGACACCCGUUACUGACAAAAGCAACAUUCAAGUCACUGCAAAGGGACCACAAUGGCAAGUGAUGUGUGCAGCCAUGUAAAGGUUGUUGUUCGGGUGAGGCCAACCAGCGAAAAUGAGAAGCGUGAAAACUGUCGAAAUGUGGUCCAGGUUGUUGAUAACCACAUGCUCAUAUUUGACCCUAAGGAAGAGAACCUAUCAUGUUUUGGGUCCCGGAAUCGAAACAUCAACAAGAGGGCGAACAAAGACCUCAAGUUUGUUUUUGACCAUGUCUUCAGUGAGAACUCGAGUCAAGUUGACCUUUUUGAGAACACCACUAAAGGACUGUUGGACGGUGUGAUGAAUGGAUUUAACUGCACAGUCUUUGCGUAUGGUGCCACUGGAGCAGGCAAGACACAUACCAUGUUAGGCACACAAGAUGACCCUGGGGUCAUGUACCGCACCAUGAAUGAGCUAUUCAGGCGCAUGGAUGAUGCCAAGGAGGAAAAGGAGUUUGCUGUUGCAUUCUCAUAUCUUGAGGUUUACAAUGAACAGAUCAGAGACUUGUUGGCUAAUGCAGGCCCUCUUGCAGUUAGAGAGGACAGUUCUAAAGGAGUGGUUGUUCAGGGCCUCACACUGCAUCAGCCUAAAUCUGCAGAGCACAUUCUAGGGGCUUUGGAUUCUGGCAAUCGCAACAGGACACAGCACCCCACUGAUAUGAAUGCCACCUCUUCCCGGUCCCAUGCUGUAUUGCAGAUAUAUUUGAGACAGCAGGACAAAACCGCCAGCCUCAAUCCAAACGUCUGCGUUGCCAAAAUGAGCCUGAUUGAUCUGGCUGGCUCGGAGAGAGCCAGUGCCACCAACGCUAAAGGGGCACGUUUGCGGGAAGGGGCAAACAUCAAUCGCUCACUCCUUGCCCUAGGAAAUGUUAUCAAUGCUCUUGCUGACCCAAAGAGUAAGAAAACUCAUAUACCUUACAGGGACAGCAAGUUGACACGGCUACUUAAAGACUGCCUCGGAGGCAACUGCAGGACUGUUAUGAUUGCCAAUGUUAGCCCCUCAUCCAAGUCAUAUGAUGACACCCACAACACACUUAAGUACGCCAACAGGGCCAAGGAGAUUAAGUCCUCGCUGAAGAGCAAUGUUCUAAGCCUGGACAGUCACAUUGGCCAAUAUGCAGUGAUAUGUGAGAAGCAACGACAAGAGAUUCUACAGUUGAAGCAGAAACUAAAGGCAUAUGAAGAGCAGAACACGGUGCCUGGGGCUUCUAACAUGAUCGCUUCCCAGAAACAAGCAGAGUUCAAAAGGGUGUCAGAAGAUCUGCAGCAAAUCUUCUCGAGCCGGGCCCAAAUCAGGAGAGAACAGCUGGAUCUGGAGAGACAACUGAAGGAGAAUGAGCUGCGCCAGCGCUACAGCGAGGAGGACAACCUGCAGGUCCAAUACUUCUGUGCCAAAGAAAAGACUGAGAAGGCCACUUGUAAGCACGAGCGGAAGAUUGCCAGCUUACGCACUCAGCAGCAAAACAUUUGCAAGCGUUUGAAGGAGGCAGAAACACGAUUCCUGGACAACGAUGGCUGGCUUCAUCGUGUCGAGAAUGAGAUUAAGCUGCUGAAGUCGAAUGAUCAGACCUCAGAGGUGUUAGGGAAGGACCUACAUUGCCACAGGCUGGAGCUGCAGGUGAAUGAUCUUGAACAGCACAUCAAGCAGAUGGUCAAGCUCACUGCACUGCAGGAUCAGGAGAACAAGCGCAUGCAGAAAAUGGUGAAUAUCUUGUUACCAGCGUAUAGUCGAAGCUACUCUGCGUUGCGUGGGGCUGGGCUGGUCACAGUGGCAGAUGAGAAGGAGAACCACGAACUGGAGCACCUCGUGUUGAGAGAGAGAGGCGUGGUCUGGGCAGACCAGGAAGGGGUGGGGCAGCAGCUGAAAGGUGACGGGACUGGAGAGGAAUCACAGGAGACAAAUGAGGCGAGAAGCGCUAGGCUCUGCAGCGAGCUGGCACCUGUCUUGUCUUUCUCACAUCUGCUAUACCACCAGAGUAGCCCCUGCAGUGCAGAGGGGCGCACAAAAAGAACGUUAUUGUGCAAUGCUGCUCGAUCACCAAAAGGGGAAAAAAAUCAGACAAAUAUGAAACAGGAACCAGCUCCCAGGAUGCCCAUCAGGAGAAAUCUAUGUGCAUCACUGCCACCACAAAGCCCCCGGACCAUCACCAAGACCCAAGUGUUUGAGGAGGGCUUGUUCCCACUCCAGUGCACACCAGAACCUGUUCAAAAAACUGUUCAGGCCCUGCCGCCGGGCUCCUCCGGGGCCAUGGAUCCCAACAUGACCUUUGAAGUUCUGGACAAUGUUUCUGAAACAGCAAGUGAUGCAACCAUCAUAAUAAGCAGCGGUAGUCCUUGUCCAGCAUUAGAGUCCACUGACUCUGGUCCCAGCCAGCUACUCCGUCUUCCCAAGGCCAAUGAGGGGAACCAGGUUCCGAACAAAAGGCAACAGGUCCCGUCUGUCCCAAACUUGAGACGACCCAACCCGACAUACAUGGACAUGACGUCUGCUGCACAAGGAAAGCGUAAAUUUAACUGCAUCCGAGAAGAGUUAACACAGGGUCUCUCUGCACCGAAGCGUAUAAAAAAAGACCCCUCAGUGUCCCGGGGACCACUCAGAGUGCAUCGUUUUGCUGGUUCAGAGGAGAACCAGCCUCGGAGAGUUGCGAGGAGCAUUUCUGAAGGAAAUCUCAGCCUGCUUGAACCUCGGAAAUCCAAGUCAAUUUUCUACAAAACGUCCCAGCGGUUCAAACGAGUGACCAAACAGAUGUAAAGCACCACCACCAGAUGUUUAAAUCAGGCCAUUUUGCCUUUAUGAACAUUUUUACGCUCCACCCAUUUCCCUCCAUGUUCAUCUUUUCAAAAUAUUUUCUCAAAAUCUACAGAAAAAGUGGACCAAUUCUCUCCAACACAGAUGCUAGUGUCACAAGAUAAAAUGUAAUAAACAGUUGUACCAUUUUGUUAUGCUCUACACUGCAGCAAAGGUUUACUUGACUGUAUAUAAAUAUUGUAUAGUUAUUGGUCAUUUGUUUAGAUUCUUCUGUGAUUUUUCUCAUUUCUAAGCCUACCUUUAGAUUUUUUAAGCUCUAUUUUAAAACCCAUGUCCAGACUAACAGCAAGAAAUAAAACAUGUCCUGUGGAUGAUCUAUGUUUUACGUACAUUAUGUACUUUUAGCUAUUCUCUUAAACUAGGGCCGGGGAAACUUCUUCCUAUAAGCAGCCAUUUCAGUUUUUCUAACAUCCUUCGAGGGCCUUACUAAAUUAUUGAACACAUGUAUCACACUAACCUCUAAUGCGAUGGCAGGAGCUGCUUCUCUUUGGCGAGGCAUCUGAUAUCAGAUGGUUGCAAUGAUGAUGAUGCUACUUGCAGCUGGUUUUCCAGGUUUGGGUCAGUCACUCUUCAGUGGGACCGAGUCUUUACGAGAUCAGUUUUGUAGAGGGCUGCUCACAGCGGUAGGUUGUCCCAGACAGAGAUUUAAACUUCAGCGCAUGUCUCCUCAGAAUGGGAAAAUCCUCAUGACGUACACACAGUUUAUAGAACUCGAGCAGAGGGAGGCAGCUUUGAGCUUUUCAUUGCUUUGCUUUGCUGUAGAUUACCAGGCCCAUCAGCCAGUUCCACAUUAAACAAUGUAGCAAAAAUGUUCAGUUCCUUUUGUUGACUUGACACUCAGCAGCAUAUUCAGAUGUUACAGCAUGUUUUGUUCUUGCAGAGCAGGAAAAUGUUUCCUCUUUCCAGUUGCAUUUGCCGCAGCUUUAAUUUCACCUCAAAUGAUUUCACAUUUGACAGCGACAGAGCUGAGUAGCAGGCUGGAGCUUCAGGUUCAGCUCUGAGAGCUUCUUGGUUCAUGAAGGUCAAAUCAUGCAGACAUUUGCUGUCACUGAGUUUCCACGGCAGGUUUUCCUUCAUCUCAUUAAUUAUUACAGACAAGCGGGCACUUUGGAACAAUUUUACUUUUUCUUAUGCUAGCAGCUCUGUAGCAGCAGCAAGGUUCUCCUUCCCAAACUCUCCCUCUGAAUGAGGCUUUAGCCUCUUAGCUAUUAGCUCGAUCGCCACAUAACUUGCCUGCAGAGCACUGUCUCUGUCAGUCAGACUGUCUCUGUCAGAUUGUGGUCUUGUGAAAGCUGCUUGUUGGGCCUCCAAACUCUGCCCAAGAGCGUGAACAUCAUCCGAGCACAUUUGUCCCUGUAGCUCAUCCAGUUUAGCAUGGUUGUAGCUGUAAUGACUCUGAGAUUAGUCUUUUUCAUCACUGUGAGCGCAACCCCACAAACUAAUUUAGACACUCCAGCUUGACAACAGUGUAACUGCACAUGCAUCUUGGGUUCAGGUACCGCCCCGGAGGACGUGUUAGUCUACUACUGUGUUAUUUUCUUUUAUUGAAGAAAAAAGUCAUUUUUGAAUUCCCAGGGCAGCUAAUGUCAGGUAGACUAUACAUGACCUCUAAUGGAAAUUUGGCAAAAUAACCUGA